AUGAAAAAUAAAGAUCGUGAUCAUAAAAGGAAGACUGACAAAAUCGAAACAUAUGAUGCUACUAGAAAAAGGGAAAAUAGCACGGAGGCCCCCAAUUUUGAGGAAUUUGCAUCUGAGGAACCAUCUCCGGUUGUUGGCACGUUUUGUGAUCCAGCCCCUGCGUCAAACAUCAAAGCCGGCCAGUGUAAAAUUCAUUAUCAGCACCUUCAUCUUAUGUACAAAAACAUCACACCUGAAUUUGUAUUGGGAGAAGUCGAUGUUGAAGCAGGGGCGCCAGAUGGAGAAGCAGCUGCAAUUUCAAAAUUGGGGAUCCCACUAAAUGGUAAGAAAAUAUAUGGACAUGCAAUUUGUAAAACGAAAGAAAGGAGAAUUUUGAAUUUGAAGCAGGUGUUAGUACCGUUGCAUCGGCUGAUUGGUGGUGUCUGGACAUGGCAAGCUGCAGGGAGGGCGAGAGCCCGAGUUUGGUUAAUGUUGAGGCCCAAAUUAGUAGCAGCGCCGUUGAGCACUUGGCAGAGGCACUGCGGAUUGGACCCCACAACAGUGCUCAGCUGGGUGCAGCAACCAGCGCUCGGGGCUGAGGAGGAGCUGCUGGAGAUGCACGGCGACAAGCUUAUUAAGACGUUGGUGCAAUCGCUGGAUUGGGCCUCCGCGCCUGUCCAGAAAAUAGUGACGAGCCCAAGUGCUAGGCCCAAUGAAACAUGUCGGUGA